AUGGGUAAGAAAAACAAAACAAGGAACGAAAAUGGCGACGGCACCUUGAAACAAAGCCCCUUGACUCUCUUUGUUUCCAACUUACCCUACUCCUUUACAAAUCCUCAGCUUGAGGAAACCUUCAGUGAAGUUGGACCUGUUAGGCGUUGCUUCAUGGUCACACAAAAAGGGUCUACUCAACACCGUGGUUUCGGUUAUGUCCAAUUUGCUGUUGAGGCUGACGCUAACAGUGCCAUUGAGCUGAAGAACGGUUCAUUAGUUGGUGGCCGAAAAAUUGCAGUGAAGCACGCAAUGCCCCGUCCUCCUCGUGAAAAUAGAAGAUUGAAACCAGAUCAAGAGGGCAAGGAAGAUGAUCUCACAGAGUCAAAAAUUGUUGAUAAAGACAGUGAAUUACCUGUUGCAGAGAAGCCUGUUCCAGUUCCAAAGGAAGAAGAAGUGAUAGUUUUGAGUAAACAAAAAAACUCAAGGAAGCCUGUGGAAAUAAAAAAAGCAGCACUUUGUAAUAAUGUAGCAGAUGAGGGGGGUGGCUCAGAAAAGCAGAGGGUUGCUAGAACUGUUAUAUUGGGUGGUCUCAUGAAUUCUGCCAUGGCUGAAGAUGUUCACCGUCAAGCCAAGGAAAUUGGAACUGUGUGCUCUAUUAAGUCUCUCUCAAGGAAUGAUCUUCAGCAACAUGGUCUGCUGCAAGAUGGCUGUACUUCGGAUGCUUCAGCUGUACUAUAUACUAGUGUAAAAUCAGCUCGUGCUGCUGUUGCAACAUUGCAUAAAAAAGAGAUUGGAGGUGGAACUGUUUGGGCACGCCAACUUGGUGGGGAGGGAUCCAAGACUCAAAAAUGGAAGCUUAUUGUUAGAAACCUUCCUUUCAAGGCCAAAGAAAAUGAAAUAAGUGAUGUGUUUAAAUCUGCGGGGCCUGUAUGGGAGGUAUUCAUUCCACAGAAGUCCGACACGGGUCUUUCAAAGGGUUUCGCAUUUGUAAAGUUUACCUGCAAGCAAGAUGCUGAAAAUGCCAUUCGAAAGCUCAAUGGAUCGAAGUUUGGGAGUCGUCUCAUAGCUGUUGACUGGGCUGUUCCGAAAAAGAUAUUUAGUAGUGAUGGCAUUGAUGCUCCUGCUUCAGAGGAAGGACAACAAAAGGUGACAGAUGAAGAUGGUAGUACUACUACUGAUGACGAUGUUGAGGGUACCGACAAUCAAUCUGAUCAAGGAGAUGAUAGUGAUAUUGAUGGUGCAGUGGAAGAAGAUGUUCCUUCUGAAGAUGAUUUUGACAAGGAAGCAGACAUUGCAAGAAAGGUUCUUAAUGAUUUGAUUACAUCCUCCUCUGCCAGAGAUGCACCUGUAAAUACGGAUUCCAUGUGUUCUGAAGAAAAUAAGGAGCCAAAACCUGAGGAAACUGUUAAGGAUGCAGAUAGUAAAGCAUCUAAAGAGUCUGACAAAGUUUCAGUUACUUGUAAGCCUGAAACUUCCAGCAGGUUAUCUAAUCCUAAGGAAACAGAAGAUGAUUUGCAAAGAACAAUUUUUAUAAAUAAUCUUCCCUUUGAAUGCGAGACCGAAGAAGUGAAGCAACGAUUUUCUGCAUUUGGAGUAGUAGAAUAUUUUGCUCCUGUUCUCCACCCAUUGACCAAGCGUCCACGAGGGACUGGUUUUCUUAAGUUUAAAACCGUUGAAGCAGCUAAUGCUGCAAUUUCAGCUGCCAAUGCUGCUUCUGGGGUGGGUAUUUUAGUGAAGGGUAGACAAUUAAAAGUUUUGAAAGCUCUGGACAAGAAAGCAGCUCACGACAAGGAACAGGAGAAAGAGAAAAAAGAGGUUCAUGACCACCGCAAUCUUUACUUGGCAAAGGAGGGACUUAUUCUUGAGGGGACUCCAGCUGCUGAAGGAGUUUCAGCCAGUGAUAUGGCAAAACGCAAAGAUUUGGAAAGGAAAAAGAAGACGAAGCUUCAAUCUCCAAAUUUUCAUGUUUCAAAAACUAGACUUGUUAUCUACAACUUACCCAAGUCAAAGACUGAGAAACAACUAAAGAAGCUUUGCAUUGAUGCAGUCAUCUCUAGAGCUACCAAGCAAAAACCUGUCAUUCGACAGAUAAAGCUUUUGAAAGAUGGAAGGAAAGGAAAAGCUACUCAAGAACAGUAUUCCCGUGGAGUUGCCUUUCUUGAAUUUUCAGAACACCAGCACGCCCUUGUUGCAUUGAGAGUUCUUAACAAUAAUCCUGAAACGUUUGGUCCUGAACAUCGGCCGAUCGUGGAGUUUGCCCUUGAUAAUGUUCAGACAUUGAAGCUUCGGAAGGAAAAGCUGCAAUAUCAGCAGCAGGCUCCUUAUGAUGACAACAACAAAAACGAAAAUGAUAAACCCGACAACGCAGAAGGAGGUUACAGACAUGGAACUGACAGAAAACGGAAAUCUCAAGAGCACGAGAAACCUGCAAAUGAGAGUGAACAAGGUACUGAAGUGACAAAUGGAAAAUCUCCUCAAGGAGGCAAAUUCAAAAGACAGAAAGACAACCCCAAGAAUACAAAUACGGAAGUGUUAUCAUCCAAAGGAAAUCCAAAAGAUUCUUCGGCCAGGAAGUUAGCGAAUAACCAAGAUGGCCGGAAUCACAAUAAAAACACUGCCAUUGACAGUAGUAUCGGAAAAAAGUCAGGAAAGAAAGAUGACGUGGUAUAUGGAAAGAGGAAGAUGCAGAACCAAGAACAGGCAGGGGAACAGGUUACUAGGAAAAGGGCAAAGAAGAAUAAAGAUUUAGUAGGAAAGGACACAGUAGAUAACCUUGACAUGCUUAUAGAACAAUAUAGAUCCAAGUUCUCAAACAAGGGCUCCCAAGGAAAUGAUGGUGAGAAAAGACAGUCUAAACAGCUUAGAAAAUGGUUCCAAACAUAA